AUGGGUCGGAAAGGCCGUAGUAAAAAGGAUGCGGCGGAAGACCGCGAUCCUGGAAUGUGCAAAGCAGACCUCUUGCUGGCAUACCAACUCAUGGAUACAACCAAUCCAUUCCCUUCGGCCUCUGUAGCUGCGAGGCAACCUCUGGCUUGGAAGGUUUGCUGCGUGUUGGCCCAAGCAGCUUCCUUGCAUCCUGGGUGCAUGUUUGUGCACAUGUUGUGCUUGGUGGCUCUGACUCUCAAUGCGGUGCAGGUGAAAUACUCUGGCUUGCUGGGAAAAUUCUGCAAUUUGAUGGUCUUGCAACAUGGUCCGCCGGGGGACGGCAAGAGCAUAGCGCUGUGGCUAGAUCUUCACAUCCUGAGAGACAAGCGUGCACAGGCGAAGUACAAGGCAGAAUAUGAAGUGUGGCGGAGUUCUGGCUCAGGGCCAGUAGAAGAACCGACAAAGCCUCCACCUCAAGAUAGCAUUGUGAAUCGCAUGACUUGGGUGGGUUUGGGCCAACACAUGCACCAACAAGAUGGCUGCGCCAUCUUAGCUCUGCACGAAGGACGUACGUUCCUCCAGCACACAUUCGAAGGAUCUGUGGGUGGCGGCAUCGAAGAAUUGAACCAGCUAAGCCAUCAUGACUGCUAUAAGAAUACCAUUUCUUCACAAAGUGGCAGAUACUGGGUUAAAAAUCCGCAUCUCCUUGCAUUGGUGAUGAUGCACUGUGAAGAAAUAGUGCAGCAAGCUUCCCAAGAAGAUUCUGUGGCUGGCCUGUCCCGUUUUCUGCUGGCCAAAUUCCCGUGUCGUGUGUUGAAGAUCUGCGACCCGCAGUCCGCAGAGCAAGCGCAGAAUGAGCUGGAUGAGUGUUUCAAUUCUUUGGGCUAUGAUCAGGUGGUGUCAGCUAUGGCACACGUGCUGACAAUCAGCAAGUUGCUCUUCCCGCACAAUGAAGCACGCGAUGAUGAUGCAGAGCACCGCUGCUUCUCACAUGUGAGUGGCUUACACACCAUGCCAUUCGCUGCGUCAGUGAAACAGCAGUUCAUCAACACUUUUAACAAGUACGUUGACAAGGUGCGCGCUGACCAGAAAGUGUUGGGUGGUCAGAGCAGCCGGCUGAACAAGGAGAAGACCAGAGCCUUGCAGUUCAUCGCUCCAUUAGAUGUCUUUGAAAAGGUGAUCGCUUGGCUUUUGCAGAAGGAUGGGCACAGGCUGACAGAGGGGCAGGACACUGAGCUCAGCGGCGAAGAGAUCAUCCGGUCUCUGGCGCAUGUGAGAAGCUCAGUGCAUAUUGAAUGUGACGUGACUGGAAAGUUCACAGCAGGAUGUUCUCAGAAUGUGAGGGCACCCUGA